AUGACUGAAUAUGGUUUGGGACACACAUGCAUGGAAAACUGGCAGUAUGCAGUGUUUACAGAGGUGCGUGGAGGAAAAUCAUUCCAGAAGCUUGGGUAUGCUGAUGUUAACCUCGCAGAGUUUGCUGGAUCAGGAGGCUCUCAGAGGUACCUACUGGAAGCAUAUGAUUCUAAACACCGGCUUCACAACUCUAUGUUAAAAGUCACUGUAGAUAUGACUUUGUUAUCUGGUGAUCCCUGCUUUAAAGCUCAACCGUCACGAGGCACUCGGUACCAACCUCCUUCAGAAGUUGGGGCUGAGGAGGUUCCACCAAGCAGACCAACAUCUGGUUCCCUUGCAUCACUGACAUCCUCAGGUUAUGAUUCUCUCAAGAAGAAAGUUAAUGAGGUGUUUGGAGACAGCGAAGAAGGCGAGGGUUGGGGAGGAGAGGCACCGGGGCAUUCCAGAAACUCGUCCAACACCAGCCACGGCUCACACGCUUCAGGCUAUGCAUCCAUCAACUCUCAAUCUGAAAAAUCUGGUCAUAUCAGCUGUUGCCCAACAUUCACCGUGUGGUCAGCGGAUAGCACCUAUCUUUCCUCCAGGCCAAGUAGCUUCUGUUUGUACACUACUAAUGCUAGUCUUUCUGACCAGCUUUACACUCACCCUUUUCACUAUGCACAUCCUAAGGGCCUGCCUCCUUCUAAACCAACUGCUCGCUUCCAUCUGUUUCCUGCUGCACCAGAUGGCACAUCUUCCCUCUGUAACACUCCACCUUCUGACUCAAAAAGACGCAGUCUACUUUCAUUUCCGGAUUUAUCCCACAUCCUUGGUGGUUCAACUCCAUCACUUGUGUCCCUGUCUUCCUCUGGAACUCGGGGAGGAUCAGUGUCAAGUGGUGUAAGCCCUGAAGACUGUAGUAUUCGCACAAUGGUAGCUUCUUCUCAGCAACCCCAGUGGGCAGUUGGAGCCUUGCAUUCUGCAAUUUCUGCUCUUGCAUUGCACACCGACUCUUCUAGUUUGCAUGUUGCUACAGAUUCAAGUAUAAAAAACAGAUUUAAGAGUGGAUCUCUAAAGGAGCCUCACAGUACAUGUAGCCCAGGAGCCUAUAGAAUCAUAAUCCGGAUCUGA